UCCAGUUGUUCCCGAGUAGGAGAGUUUGAAACGGUGCCCCAAAGGACAAUCUCAAGGUGGGAAGGGGAUCACCUACCUUCUCUGGCAGGGGGUGGGGAAAAAUGCUCCUUUUUUUUACGCUUUAACAAAAAAGCAACUUCCCUGACAACCUUAGUUUCGAGGUUUAUUCUUAAUUAGAGUUGAGAAGCCUGUUUCGACUUGAAGACACCCGUAUCAGGUGAAUGGAGAGCCAGCUACCGCAAUGAAAGUCCCUCAGAACUAAAGAAUGGGGCUCAACUUGACACUUGCAAAAUUACCAGAUAACGAGCUGCACGGCCCCGGGAAUCACACCCCAAGUAACACAAGCGAUGGGCCCGGAAAGAACACCACCACUAACAACGAAUUUGACGCUGUCGUCCUGCCUGGGCUUUACCUCGUGAUAUUUGUGGCGAGCAUCUUGCUGAACGGUCUAGCGGUGUGGAUCUUCUUCCACAUCAGGAAUAAAACCAGCUUCAUAUUUUAUCUCAAGAACAUAGUGGUCGCCGACCUCAUCAUGACGCUGACGUUUCCAUUUCGAAUAGUCCACGACGCAGGGUUCGGACCCUGGUACUUCAAGUUUAUCCUCUGCAGAUACACGUCGGUCUUAUUCUAUGCCAACAUGUAUGCUUCCAUCGUGUUUCUCGGGCUCAUCAGCAUCGAUCGCUACCUGAAGGUGGUAAAGCCGUUUGGCGACUCCCGCAUGUACAGCGUAACCUUUACAAAGAUUUUAUCUACUGGCGUCUGGGUGCUCAUGGCUAUUCUGUCCCUGCCAAACGUCAUCCUAACAAAUGGUCAGCCAACUAGGGAAAACGUCCAUGAGUGCGUGAAGCUUAAGAGUCCUCUGGGAGUGAGAUGGCAUAAGGCCGUCGUCUACGUCAACAGCUGCUUGUUUGUGGUUGUGCUAGUGAUGCUGAUAGGGUGUUACAUAGCCAUAUCCAGGUACAUCCACAGAUCCAGCAGGCAAUUCAUAAGCCAGUCAAGCCGAAAGCGAAAACACAACCAGAGCAUUCGGGUGGUUGUGGCUGUGUUUUUCACCUGUUUUCUACCCUAUCACUUGUGCAGGAUUCCUUUUACUUUCAGUCACUUGGACAGACUCUUAGAUGAAUCGGCACACAAAAUCCUGUAUUACUGCAAAGAAAUGACACUUUUCUUGUCUGCCUGCAACGUGUGCCUGGAUCCGAUAAUUUACUUUUUUAUGUGCCGCUCAUUUUCAAGAAGGCUGUUCAGGAAGUCAAAUAUCAGAACAAGGAGUGAAAGCAUCCGAUCACUGCAAAGUGUCAGAAGAUCAGAGGUCCGCAUAUACUAUGAUUAUACUGAUGUGUAGGAGUUAAAGGCCACCAGGCCUUCUCUUGUUUGUCAAAGUCAAUAUGUACGAAGUGUAAAUAAAUUUGUCUUUUGAUUACCCUCGCCUGAGCCCACAGAAAUAUGGAUGAAAAGAGAACUGAAAUGAUACGAAAUUGGGGUAUAAUUCGGAACUGAGAAAAACAUUAAGGCAUAGCAAAACGUGAAAUUAG